AUGCCACGCGCCGCCGCUGCCUAUGAGGCGCUCUCAACCUUGUCUGAUCCGCUCCGGAUCCCUGCGUCCGAGCGCUCGUACGCGCGUCAGUUUGCACAGAUGUACGACUACCGUCUCGCCGCCCUGCGUCGGCGUGUAUACCACCAAGCUGAAUCGUACCUCCAGGACCGCGACGUGACGUAUGUGAAACGUAUUCUCGAUAUCCCGCCGAAACGUACAUGCCUGAUUAUCGGCACAUUUUACUGUCAUAUGCCGCUCAAGCCAGACGUGCUUCAAGACAUUGCGCGCGAUCUCUCGUUGCCGCCGCCUCCACCACGCUCAAGUUAUGUCGACCUGGCGCAGGACCAGCGCUUCUUAGAGGACCAAAGUGGACGUGUGCGUCUAGUAGGCGCAUGCAUGGAGCCUACGUCAUCAUGGGCACGUCAGUGCUUGACCGGUGUCGUUGCGGGCGUCAUCGGCACAGAAACGCCAGACGGCGACUUUGAAGUGUCGCAGGUGUUCUUCCCUGGCGUCCCACCGCCACUCGCACCGCUCGGUGAUGUGCUGAAAGGCGACAUUGUCCUGGCUAGUGGACUGUACGCUGGCAACGCGCAGGACCCAUCGCACGACGCUUCGUUGGAACUGUUGUUGGAAUGGCUGACGGGCGAACUAAGCGACGCCUCUGACCGUGAACGCACAUCGCGUAUCUCCAGCCUUGUCUUGGCAGGCAACCUAGUGCCUCAUGAGGCAUGGGCGCAAGUCGCACCGCAUCGUCCAGGCGCGGGGCCGCACAAUGCCGCCGCCACGACCACAUCGACACCAGGCACGGCGCCGAACCCCGUAGCCGCGCUGGAUCCAUGGCUCGAGCAAGUGUGUGCUGUGUUGGACGCGGUCGUAGUUCUACCCGGCGUCGACGACCCUAGCGGCGCGACUCUGCCACAGCAGCCAUGGCUCGCGCCGCUCCUUCCUCGUGCUUCGCAGUGGCCAUCGCUGCACUGUGUGACCAACCCUGCCUGGUUUGGCCUGCAUCAACGCCGCUUCCUCGCAACGUCAGGCCAGACCAUCGACGAUGCUCUCAAGUACUUGGCACCGGAGGCCCAGGCAGAGCACGAUGCCCCUCUUCGCAUGGCCACGACCUCGUUGCAGUGGUCUCACGUGGCGCCCACAGCGCCGGACACAUUGUGGUGCUACCCAUUCAAAGCUACGGAUCCGUUUGUCCUGCGCGCCGCGCCUGACGUGUACAUUGUCGGCCACCAGCCGGCGUUCGCCACAGAGACUAUCCAAGGUACGCCAAAGUGGCGUGCGCCUCACUCACAUCGCAGUGCCUUCCGCCGACGGACAACCUCCACAUACCAUACGUGUCCUGUGCAUUCCGACGUUUGCGACGACGCGGCAAGUCGUGGUGCUUGA